AUGAAUGAGUUGGUAAAUAUCAUAGAUGGAGACAUCUUUGAUAAUAACUUAGAAGUAGCAACAGAUUCCGAUACUGCAAAUCUUGAGACACCGCAUCCUUCCCCUUCUUGUAGUGUCAAUCACUUGGACUACGACUGUGAUAAUGAUUUCUGUCCAUAUUAUAUACAGAAGGAAAAUUUAUCAGCGUUCAAUAUUUCACCUCAACCCUCACCAGCAUGUCUUUCUAGCUGUUCGACGUAUACAACCAUGAACAAUAGUCCUCUGUCAGAUAUUUCGAAUAAUAGUCCUAGCACAAGCAGCUGCCGUCGUCUAUCAAGGAAAGAUAAAGGCAAUGUUAGAAAAAGACAUUUUAAAGAAUGGAUAGAUAAUAAAAGAAAGUGUUUACGUAAUUUGGGAAAAGAAUAUAUGUCCAGAAAGGGUAAAAUACAUGCAAGUAGAAAGAUGGGCCCGCCACAUCACUGCCGCAAGAAAUGCUAUGAUAAACUAAGCGAAAAAGAAAGAAAGAAGAUUUUUGAGAGUUUUUGGAGUUUAGGCGAUCGAGAAAAACAAUGGAUGUUUGUGGCUAACUUGGUAAAGAAGCAAAUUAAACGAAGAGUCUAUACAGAUACUGUUUCAAGACGUUAG